UGGGUUUUUAGAAAAUAGUGUGAUUUUAAUUUCAGUGAUGCUUGUUGGUGAAGCAAAUGCACAAUAGUGGUUUUCUGAAUCAGAAAGAGAUACUCGGAAAAAGAAACUGCAUCGCUCACGCACGCGUUAACAUUACCACGUUCUUAGUUACAGCACUUCUGCUAUCCUUUCGUCUUCAAUUUCCCUUUGGAUUUCAUUCAUUAGGUGAGUACGUACGAUUACGAUGGAUUCGAGUUCGGGGCAUCAAGAAUUCGAUUAUUUGUUUAAGUUGUUGAUGAUUGGAGACUCUGGGGUUGGCAAGAGUAGUCUUCUUCUCAGUUUCACCUCCGAUGCUUUUGAAGAUCUCUCCCCCACUAUUGGUGUUGAUUUUAAGGUCAAAUAUGUGACGAUGGGGGGUAAAAAGCUGAAGCUUGCAAUUUGGGAUACUGCUGGCCAGGAGAGGUUCAGAACACUGACGAAUUCUUAUUACCGAGGGGCACAAGGAAUCAUCAUGGUUUAUGAUGUAACCCGGCGAGAUACAUUUACAAAUCUUUCUGAAAUAUGGGCAAAGGAAAUAGACCUUUAUUCAACUAAUCAAGAUUGCAUCAAGAUGCUUGUUGGAAACAAAGUAGACAAGGAGGGUGAUAGAGUUGUGACAAAGAAAGAGGGAAUAGACUUUGCCAGGGAAUAUGGUUGCCUAUUUAUUGAAUGCAGUGCUAAAACUCGAGUUAACGUUCAGCAAUGCUUCGAAGAGCUUGUUUUGAAGAUUUUGGAUACACCUAGCCUCAUAGCCGAGGGCUCAAAGGGUGUUAAAAAGAACAUUUUUAAGGAGAGGCCACCCCAGUCUGAUGCAUCCACAAGUAGUUGUUGCUGAUUUGAAGAAAAGCUAUUUCACUCAACAACCUGGAUUUUAAGAAUUGGAUCUCCUAGAGAAGGGAGCUUCAUCCAUUUUCUGAACCUGAAAAUAUUUUGCUGGUUGUUUAGCAUCAGAGAAAGCCAUUUUAUAUUUUAUUUUCAGGUUCCUGUUUUGGCUUGAGUUUUAGAUGUAACAUAAUGUUGAUGGUUGGUUGUCUAAUUUCUUUUACCUUUUGGGUUUCUUGUUUGUCCGAGUUACAUUUAAUUUUGUAUGUAGACGUUCAUUUUUAUUUUUUUUUAAA